AGUAACGAUGUAACCACCGCCCCACAACAUAACGUAAAAAUGGAAUCGUACAGCAUGGACCAGGUCCAUGCGGAGUCCUGGAACUCGACCAGCAUCGAGAACAUAACAGACAUUAAAAUGGACUCGACGAAAUUGAUGUUGUUGUCCAGCCUCGCAUUCGCCAUAGGCUGGGUGGUUUACAUCACUUACUACAAUUCCCGGGUCGUCGGUUAUAUACUGACGAAAAUAAUUAACAGGCUCUUCAUCAGUGACGGGUGUUUCAAAAUAGGGUCAUUGAAUAUUAAUGCUUUAGCAGGGAAGAUUAUGUUCAGGGAUGUGGUUUAUAUUACCCAUGAUUAUAGUAUUAGGGUGCAGGAUGGCUAUUUGAUAUUCAGGUGGUGGAGGAGUUAUGUACCGAAGGAUGUUAGUGAAGAUUUAUCACACUCAGAUACAAGGUUGUCAGUGAUGUUGAACGGAUUUGAGCUGCAUGUUUUUAACAGGUCACAUCUGUAUUCAAGGCUUGAAAAAGUUUUUGGAUUGAAAGCAAACAUUUUUCCUGAUGAUGGUAGUGUCCAGAAAAUUAAUGAAGAUCUAGACCAGUCAGAAAGUCAGCAUGAUAACUCAGCAGUGAGGAAACAACGACCGGAAGCUGCGAUGGCACGAACCUGGCGGGACCUGAUCCCGGUCAUAAAAUGCGACGUUUCAUCAAGUCGUUUGGUGUUCGGCAACCGUUUAAUCCCCACAACAUUGAGCAUCACCUUCGAAGAGUCCCACUUUGUGUAUUCGACCAAACCGGCCGUCUGCACCCUAGACAGAUUCAUGCACUUCGUCAAGUGCAAGGCGGAGAACGUCAAGGUGAUGCUGGCUCCCAGUCUGAAGUACACGGGCUUGUCGGACGAGCCGCCCCGUUACAUGGGCGAAGGUUUCGUUCUGAUGUCCACCAAUGACAUGGAGUUGUACUUUUACAUGGACGAACCCGGCCUGGUGCCCGAAGAACCGGUGCUGAUCACGCUGCCUAACGGCGACAUCGUAGAGUCUAGUCCGCCCCAAUGGGGCGUCGACAUUAAGUGCGGCAAAUCGACGAAUUUCAGCUACGGCCCGUGGGCCGACCGACAGCGUGAGCACCUGUUCAAGUUCUUCUAUCCGCAAGAUUAUCUGCCCAUGGAGGUGACCAAAACUCCAAAACCGGGCGAUAAACGACAAAUGCAGUCGUUCGACGUUAGGUUGGUAAUGCAAAACGAAGCCACCAUCGACAUAUUGUUCACCAAAGACAAGGAAACGAAUGCGACGCACAUUAACGUGGGACAGGGCAGUUAUUUGGAAGUUACGGUGCCCUGGAUCACCUUACAGGAUGGUUACACGACCAAAAUUAACGGGCAAUUGUUGCAUCUUGAAGCCACGACGAGUUUACAGUUCAGGGACUUGGUAGAGAGUGAGACUUUGGAGUUUUGCCUUCUUUGUCACUAUCCGUUGGUGUUCAACGACCACCAGUUGUGGGAAAUCAAUCUUACAGGCUGCAAGGCGACCGUCAACCUCAUCUUUGCCCACAAAUGGUUCUUUACUGAUUUAAUAAACGAUUGGUCGUCCAAGGCUCGUCCAGACUUAAUGCACUUCGUACCGUACACGUGGCGUAUAGGGCUCACUCUAAAACAUUGUGAGCUGAUCACCCUCGUCAAUCAGUAUAAUUGGAUCGACUGCAGCAGCGUGGGGCAACGCAACCGACUCGAAAAUACUCAAAUCGCCUUAUGCGCCCACUUCCUGCACCUCUCCUUUGACCUGCCUUUCGACGAGUUCUUACCCGACACCGUCCCAUUAAAUUUUGCCAUACAAGGCGAAAGUAUAGACCUCAGUUUGUUUAUCCCCGAGUUCCACACCAGCAGAAACAUAGUUUCUUCGUUGGAAAAGUACGCCAAAGUCUUAAGCAAGGACGGCUCCACCACCACAAAGAAAACUGAGGCCAUACCCAAGUGGAGGAAUGUUUGCUUGCAAAGCAUGGGCUGGGUGGACUUUUGGUGGGUGCCAAUUGGAGCCAUCAACAUCGUGUACACGUACCACCCUUGCCCACCUCUGGGGCCACAACCUCAAGCUGACAUUUCCACCCCCGUCAAAGAGGAAAUUCUCUUAUCCCCCAUCAGAUUCCCACAUCAAAACCGGGACAAUCGCAAAAGAAGUCCGGAGGGAGCCUACAAAUUCGAUCCCACCACACUGAAGGCUGACACGGUCAGCGUCGAAUUGGAAAUCGGUCCUUCCGUGUUGUUGUUGUACGGUACUGCCUUGAAGAACUUCAUGAACUUCAAAGAAAACAUUUUCGGCGAAGAUCAAGCCUUUACGGACAUGCAACGUUCCUCGGAGUCCGCCGAGAUGAAAACUGAAGACAGUUCGGCUAAUUUACCGCUGGAACUGCGUGGCGACUUCGACCACCGAGAGUACCGACCUCUUGAAGUCGACGUUUCAAUUAUAAUGCACGACAUCCAAGCCCACCUUUUAAAGAAUUGUACAGAAAAGGAUCCACCUUGUCCGGUGAUUUUGGUGGAACGUUUCGGCUUUGAAAUGAAGAAACGGUACGACCAAACUGAGCUGCAGCUGCUGCUCAGCCCUGCGGUACUUCUAGUAUCCGAUAAUUUGAACAGGGCCUCCACGGAUAAACAUUUGAACCAAGGGAAACUCACUUUAUCUUCACUACAGAUUCGAGGACACGCAAUGUUCUCUGACGUGGGCCAAAGCUUGGAUCAAGACACCAUAGAAUACGCCUGGCUUGUUGAGAUACAACUAGGAAAGCUGAGUGGCAAAAUGACGACGCCUCAGUUGUACUCUGUACUGGCCUGUUUGGAAACCUUGAUACUCCUACUCAUGGACGACGAGAACGAACUUAACUCUCCGAAGAGCGACGUAGUUUUAAACGAGCCUGUAGUCAAACCUGUAAAAGACGUGCAAGCAAUACAACCUCUCAGGUACAUGACGGAUAAGUCCAAUCAACUGGUAAACAGCAUAAUGGGCAGCCACGCCAAGUCCAAUCAGAACGCACAGAACUUAAAGAAAACUGAGGACAAACGCAAAGACGACGAGAACAAAAAAGGUUCGAUAAGAAGCAGCGUCAUUCCAACAGCUUCGAACGAGGAACAACCGGAAGUUUACGGAGAACAUAAACUCAAGUACAAGUUUUGUCGGGUCACAGUUGACGCCUUGGACUUCUGGCUGGUGGAAUCUGGGGCUGCUUUACAACUAUGGCUUUCACCAGUGAGAUUGGCGAGUUGCAACCUGCACGGCAAACAAGUGAGCUCCGGUCUUAGUUGCAUAGUUUACGGCAUGUCCUUGAGGCAGUUAGUAUGGCAUCCGCACAAAUAUAAUCAUUGCAAAGUGAAUAUCGACAGCCCGGACUUGUGGUUGGAAGUUGGCGCCGCAAAUUUCGGCCCCGUCAUCAUCGAAUCGGCCAUCUCAUCCGACAUCAAAGAGCAAAACAUGCAUCAAGAACAGCAGAAAUUCCUCAAACGCCACGACGACAAAUUGAAGAAAUUGUGGUUCCUGUGGCCAGAACUGAACAAAACGACGGCCAAGUGUGGCUGCACCGGCGGCUGCGCAUUCUUCGGCGCCAACCGGAACGGCACCCGUUUCUUCAAGCCGUCCAAGAGCGACGUGGAGGAAGGCGUGAACGUGGCGGCGUUCAGGGUGAACGAGCCGGGCAAGGAUCCAGGCUACGGGCAGAGUAUUUUGCAUGAAGGACAGCUGUUGUUCAGGACUCCACCUUACGUUUUGAAUGAAAUAAGCCUGCAAGACACGUUGACGCGUCCCAAGCCGCAGAGGAAGCAUUCGGGUAGUCCACGCGUUGCCCACCUGGAGCGUUGCACUUCGGUGGAGAAGGAUGCUCAGAGUUAUUCUAGUCCUGGCAAUUCGGCCGAGAGAAAAGUUAAUCGACGAUUCUCCUCCACUUCUAUGAGGAGCGCAAAUUUGAAGGAAGUACCGUACUCAAGACUGAUAGAAGCUAGUGCCGCCAAUCUGCCCACCAAACUAGACAGCGAUUCGAAACUGCACGCGGAAAAAAGCAAAUUAACUGUGUCCGGAGACGUAGACCUGUUACCGAAGAAUAGUGUGUCCGAUUCGAAGCUGGCUGUCGACUAUUUCAGCAAUGCACAGCCAGAAAUCAAAGAAAUCUACACUAUAGCCAAUCAAAACAGUAUCGGAAGCGACGUGUCAGCUAUUCACCGAGGUAACGUGUCAUUCAACGCCUCCGAGUCACACCACUCUUUGGGAGAGACCAAGGAGGAACGAUUAAGACUUGAGCAAAUUCAACGUACGACGUCCAUAUCCAGCGAAAACCAAUCGGAGGCUUUCUUCUCCGCUGACGAAGACUUGAAUUACUCCCGCAGUUCGAGUCUCAGGAACUCCAUACUGGGUCCGAGUGAAAUAUUGACCAGACAAGAUAGUAACAGCGUGCCACCACAAAGGAAAAAGUUUUCAAGUGAGCUGAGCAUUGCCACAGACAGAAACAGCCACAAAACCAUACCUAUAACUGCCCCAGGUUCAGCCCCUGAAACCACCUGCAUGCGUCUGUCCUCUCACAGAAGUGAUCAUGAGAUCCAUACGCCUGAGCAUCGUACUCAAGUGGAGGAUAGAGGGAGGAACGUACAAGGCUUGGUGACUCCCCAUCGUUACCCCACUGCCAGAUCUGUUAGUCCAAGAAUGCCACAAAAACUUCCAGAUGGCCCUGAGGUGCAAGACACCCUGCUCAAUGACUCUUUAGGCGACUCCUCCGACAGUUACAGCAACACCAGUUACGUAUCUGCGCAAGGCAGCCAGGAGGACUUCACCUUGGUGGAUCUGCACAUGCAAGUCAAUAGACUGAUCGUCGACUCACCAAUGUUGAUGUCCAGCUACGUUACACACUUGGGCCAGUUGAAAUGCAGCAACUGGGACAGCAAGGGAAAGGAGGACCAGUUUUCCAUGCCCAUGUUCGAGAAGAAUGAUCAAGAUAAACUGGUUUACUCAGGCGGUAGAUUUGUGCCCUACAUGGAGAACUUAAGCGAUGGUAUAACAUCUUUGAAGAUGGUGGCUAAGAGCGAGAUGACGCAGAAUCAGAACAAGACGCCGACAUCUCCGUACGUACACGUCUGGGACCAGGAAGAAGGAGACAACGAUUCGGGAUCGUUUCAAGAGGAAGAGCUGUUGGGUGCUUACGGAGGGGACGCCAGCUCUAGAACUACAGUCAUUGUCAAACUUAAAGGCGAUUUGGAUGUUAUGAUCUGUCCUCUGCUUUUGGAAACGAUGCAACGAUUUGUGGACGCUUUAACUCCAACAGUAGCAAAUUUGCACCCUCUAACAAUCAUCAAUCACCUACACACGUCUUGUGUGGGUCAAGUCGAAGCGGCAAAUGUUUUAAAAACCACAGAAAAUGUGGCGAAACUUUGUCAUCCCAGGAAGGACGGAACUGAUGCCCAGGACGGCGGAAUCUAUGAGGAAACAAUAAAAACACAAACUCAAUGCGCGUUGUACUUGCCCAAAGUGAACGUCACCUUGUUGCAAGUAUCCAUUGUUGAGGAAAUUAUAUCGUUCUCCGCUUUGGACAACAUCAAAGAUCUGACUUGCGUUUCUAUGUUCUCCGUGUGCUUCGACAAUGUUUCCGCCAAGCUGCACUGCGACAAACAAGCCAGGGAAGUGCUACAAAGGAUAAUGCGACCUGCUGUCGUGAGUGGGAACAAAAAAGGAGGCAACCGGGCCAAAAUCUUGUUGGGUCUACAAACCCACACAAAUUCUGACGUGAUCCAAGGCGAGCCAGCGUACGUGGAGAGUUGUGAAGGACAACAGCAACAAUUGGUGGUUUGUUUGAGCGUUGGCAAGGCGCACGCCCAAUUGAGGCGCCUGAGGAAUGAGAGCUCCAUUCUGGAUGACGCUGUGAUCACAGCAAUUCCGCCCUAUAAGUCCAGAGUUUUGUUCACUCUAGCCAAAGUUCGUCCUAUUCACAGGGGGCUGGAGUACUACAUGCAGCCUGGAACAACUCCGGAAGUUUUGACGUCGAACGAAACCGAUAUCGAAGACAAAUUGGGUUUCAUAAUGUUUGAAUGUGGACUGGAAGGUGUGAAUUUAAAGGUCGUUAAGAAGUCCCAGUUUGAGCAUGUCGAAUGUAAUAUCACCACACAAACGGAAGUGAAUUCUGAAACCAGAAAAUCCAAGGAGGAUUUGGACCAAAGUAGCACAGCAACCCCAAAACUAAACGAUAACAAAACUAACAACAAACCAAGUGGUCAAACACCGAAGCUGAACGAACGAGCCCAAGAGGAGGAAACGACUAAACCCGAAGCAGGAGACGUAAAACCUGAAGGCAAAGAAACUGCCAUUCUAGCCAAAGACAACGGCAACGUCUCCUCCUGCAUAAUCGAACUGAAAGUGGUGUGGUUUAACUUCGCAGCCCCACCACGUGCCCCGAUCACUAGAAAAAUAGACUACACACGCCUCGAUUGGAACCUACUGAGCACCGCCUCCCCGUCCAUCAAGGCGUGGAUGAACCCCAGCAACAGACUCGCCAUUCGGGUCGUUCACAUGGUCAGGACGAUGUAUCGAAGAUCCACGGCCACCGUGGCGUGCCUUAUGGCAGAAACGCUCGACAAGGAAAGAAGCUGCCACACAUUAACGAAGAGUCGAUACGGAAAGCUAACGCCGAUGGCACAGACGUUGCAGGAAGAUCCGAGCUUGCAAUUGUGCUCAAUUUUGCAGAAGUAUUACUUGAGCACUGAUCCCAGUCAGAUUGAAGUCAAUUUACGGGAGUCUGAGAUUCCUCAGUUGUUUAUUUUAAGACAGGGAGUAAUAGUGUUGAGUAGACAAUGGAAGAAUAUCUUGUACACUCCAUUAUUCACCCAAAACACAGUAAAAACAAGAAUCAAGCCCAUGAACGUGACAAUUCCGAUUCAACCCAACAUACAGGAGCAGGAAACGUGUCUGACCGAUGGCGAGGCGAGUGGCAACGAGGAGACAGACAUCACCGACGAGCACGCCCGCUUGCUGCACGCCGGUAUCAUUCUAAAACCGAACGCUCAUAGAACCAUGGUGGCGACCAAGGAGAGCCUAGUGGGAGCUAUGCAACCGUCACCGCGUCUCAACUACGGCGAUAGUUCCGUGCACACCCCUCAGGUGGCCGUCGUAUCUGGAGGCGUGGAAAGCGUGCUUACGUCACCUAGUCCGCCAGUUCCGCACCGCAAAAGGAGGAAGAGUCUACAGCCGAUACAGCCGCCGAACAGUAGUCGUGCUAGCGUCGUCGUUCCAUUGUUGAACACCAAUCCCUUUGUCAGUAAGAGGCUUGUAGACGACAAUUAUGGUGCGUUGAGGGAGGAUAGACAGGCGAUGAGCUCAGAUCCCAGCGACAUCUGCAGCCAGUCAAGCAACGAAUUGCCGACCAGUCCGGUGCACAAAAACAACCAGCAGGACACCAACCAUUAUUCGGAAGACCUGUACAGCUGGAUGGCGAAACAGGAUACGACCGGUGGUAAUCUGGAGGGUUGUCUGGAGUCGAAAAUCGAUACCAUGCACACCGAGUCAUCCGGAGAUGCGGGCACUUUACCCAAAGAAGAGGUGGCUGUUCCUGAAUUGCCCAUGUAUCACAUUCAGGAUUCUGUUAGGUUUUUGGACGCCAAUCAGAUUUUCCAGCCUUUGCUAAGCGGCCUUGGGGUGAUGCCGCAGCAGUUGAGAUUUACCACAAUGACCGAUUCAAAUGCAGGUAAUGACGUAACAACAUUGGACGCACUGGGGUCCAAUUUCUCUCUAGUAGGAAACAUGGAGACCUUAAGGAUUGAUAUUGUGGUCUCAGAACAUGGGAAGAUUGAAAAGAAGAAGGGCAAAAAAUCGUACAAGAAGCUGUUCAUUGAAAUUACCGGUGACGAAUCACCGGCCUUCGUCUGCGAAAAAGUUGGUGUCGAAUUAGAAAUCGAAAGGAUGACUGACAUGGCCGUAAAUGAAAUGAUUCGUACGAAACACGUUUUGUACAUUUCUAGAGGACAGUUAAAGAAUCACACGAGUACCGUUAUCAACUUUACCAUAGGUGUUAGGACAAUACACCAAAGAGUGAAUAUGCCUUUACUCAGAUUGUUACAUCAAAUCAGUAACAUGUACCAGAACGUCAAAGACACUCAAAACGAACUGAGAGAACAACAACCAGUGGAGAUCAGAAGACCAAAAACGAGUGCCAGUGACCACGUGGACAUCAACAAACACCACUCAUCCAGUGAUUAUGCCAAAUUGUUUGAUUAUUCCUCCUUACAAAGGCCUAGGACCUCCGACUAUACCUCUUCGGAUUUGUUGCAAAACGCACAAAACAUCAUGGACGUGAAACAGUUGAGUCUGAAAAUCUCCGAUCCGGGUUCCUUUGGCUCUCAACAAAAACCGGUGAUUUCCCCGUCACCUAGUUUAAGAUCCAGACCUCAGAGUUUUGCACAGAAGUUACGAUCUACAGGAAAAAGCGUCAAAGGAUACGUAAACUUGAGUGAAGGAGCAGGAACGCCGAUGACAAUGUCGAGUCCCUCCGGCUCCGCCUUAGAACAUGCAACGGUGUCGUCAGAUAAAAGUACUGGAAGGUGUUGGAAAAACAUCUACCACUUGUUGGAUUUGUACGCUGACAUGUCUGACCGCAAGACCAUCAAACAUAGGUUUUCAGUAGGCACCUACGACAUAUCUGAGCAUUAUAAGGGCAACAGAAAGUACGACAUAUUGGAGGAAAUGAAGUCUUCCAACGAUUUGGACAAAGUUGAAAGCACACCACCUUUGUACAACAGAGAUUCGACCCACAACGUAGCAAAUAAUGAGCAUACAAAGUUGGUGGUGUUUGGCGUGGCCAAAAUCCAUCGCACUAAACUAUUGGCCACACUAUCCGGCCUGAAACUGGAGGCAGAAAUCACCAGUUUACAUUCCAGUUUAACUGUGAGGAAAAAAUCAAUACCGCAGAUACUAGAGUGCUCAUUAACUGGGCAAAUAGGCAGAACUAUGAUUGUUUUAUUAGAGGGCGUGGCCCCGAAUCAACAGACUGUUGUUAAAGUUACAAUCGGUAAAUCCCAGGCCUUGUAUUCUAGUAUUACCAAACGUUCCAAGGACAAAAACUCGGGACUGUUAACAGUGGGGGCAGUGAACAUAGAAAUACCUCAACAUCCUGUGGCACUACAUGGAAUGGUAACAAGAGGAAGCAAGCAACUUAGUUCAACUCUGCAAGAAUUGCGAGUCGCCAGGACCUCCAGUCGGAUGUCUAGAGGUGUACAACCUGAGGACGACCUACAAAGCUCACCAAACCAUCAAACCAGAGACGUUCCAUUAACUACAACCACCCCUAAACCUCCUGUUCAAGAAAAGAGUUUGCUGCAGCCUUUAAUGAUGCAAUUCUCGGUGAUACUGCAAAGUUUAAGCAUCAGCGCCGCCUUGUUGCCUUCCUUACAGGCUCAGUAUAAAAUGUUCCACGUUAAUAGUACAGGUUUUACCGGUAGGAAGGCAAAAUUCACCAUCGAUUUACCCAGGCACUCACUGAGCUUCAAUACCAAGCUCCAAAACCUGAACCAAACUCAAAAAACAGACGCAAACCUACCUUCGGAAGCUAGCAUUGCACUUCCUGCCGUGCACGUGGCUGCUGAAUAUAUCUCCGAACAUGCAGCUGAUGGACAACGCCCCCUGGAAGGACUGGUCUUCAGACAAGGUGGCUAUUUGAACGCUACCGCCGACAUAGGAGUCUUCGAACACAGUUUAACCACCGAUUUGCUGAAUCAUCUCGUCUUCGUCCAAAAGGUGUUCAUGAAAGAAGUCAACGAAGUUGUACAGAAAGUCUACGGAGGGGAACGACCAGUUGCCAUUUGGCUGGAGGACAGUGAAGAGCAGUCCUCCAGUUUAAGCCGCAUUCUAUUUUCCUUAGCCAUCAAAAUACAAAGAAUACAACUAACUGCAACGACAGCAGGUAACUCUGCGGUGAGAUUAGAAACUGGUUCAGUCGUGUUCGAGCUGUCCAACAGGGUGCAGAACGUGUCCGGGGCUGCACAGAGUACUGCAGCGAGAUUGUUCGGAAAGGCCGAAGUCACGUUGAAUUUAUCCCUUGGGCAGAUCAUUAGGAACAUUGUUUUUGAAGAGGCAGACACAGAGUACCAACACGUGGCCUUCUUCCAUACAAAAAUUGGGUUGAGGAAUGCCUUCCAAGGUGAAAUCGUCGAAGGGGAAGACAAGGAAGUUAUAUUAAUAACUUUAAAACGUCCCCUAAUCUACAUACAACCCUCUGCUAUCGACAAGGCCAUACUUGUGUGGCUUAAUUAUAAAAAUGCUUAUGAUUAUUGGAACGAAAAGCGGGCCAAUUUGAACAAAGAAGUGCAAACUGCCACUCAACAGGUCUACGAGAAGUUCCAAUUGGGGCAGUUAACUAGUCAACUGGGGGCGCAACACCUGGGCACGUUGUUCCUGCAACUAACUGUCGAAGAUAUGGGCAUCUGUUUGCCCUUAAAUCCCUUACCUUUGUCCUGGAAUCAGAGGAAUUACGAAGACAGUCGUGGGGCUGUCGUUGUCACUCUUGAAAACACGAGCAUUUCAGCUUGCAGUUCCGGCUCCCUGGUGAGCAAAGGCAAGUUCUCCAACUUGUGCCUGCGAUUCGCCGAAGACUUCGAGGCUUCCCUGGAUGACUGGAUGCCGGAUAUGAACGACAACGCAAUCAUGAACUUGUGCGUGGUCAGCGACGGCACUUACGAAGUAUGCAGCCGCACUAUAGCCGCCAAACAAAUCAAUGAGAACGCCAAAUGGUUCCUGAACGUGCAAUGGCAAAUGGAAGGUGUGGACAUCCACCUAGACACGAACGUGGGCAAACAACUCUCCGCCCUAGGGCACACGUUGACUACAAUAACUGGCGCCGAAGACAAUCCGGUGCCAGAUGACUUUGACAGCGACGAGGACGAACCUACGGACGGCACGAGGGCGUCACAAGAAAGUAUCUUGCCCGCCUUCAUGUACGACCCGAAUUUAGACAACAAAAGCCGUUCAAAACUGAUUGAAAAAGAAAUGAGUGAACAGGCCAAAAUUAUAGACGACCUGCGAGUCUUGGGAGCAUCGCACGGUAUCAUUAAACAAGAAAUGAAACGUUUCCACGAACUGGAAUCAAUGGUUUCGAAGGAUUUCCGACGCGACAUGAUACAGAAGCUCAGAAGACAGAGUGUGAGGUCGUCCACGUUGAGGAACAAGUUUGGAUUAGGUAAAACUAACGCAGCCAGAUCGAAGAGCUUUGUGGCGGCCAGCACGAUGCCGGAACAGGAAAGCCCGGAAAGUGUGAAGGCAGGAAUGACCAACAACUCGAGUUACGAAAGCUCACCAAGAGCUGGACCAUCCCGCUCCGCCUCCCUGAGAGUGAAAGCAGCAGACAUCGGCCCCCGAGUGACUUUCAGCGACACAUCCACCAUGUGCAGACAAACAUCUUUGCCCAGCGCCAGCUCAGAGAUGAGUUUGCCAGAGUCUAAUUUAGAUUGGGUAGACCAUUUAGAAAUAGAUGGGGUUAAUGUGCCGCUACGUAACAAGAUGCCAGCUUCCUAUGAAUCAAUGGACGAGUCGCUUAUGGACUCGCCUUUGGACCAGACUUUGCCCACGUCGUUCACGUCAGGUUUGAACCAGUCAGUCGGUAUGAAACCGCAAGAACCCAACAUCGAUCUAGAAUUAGACGUCAAGGUAUUUAUUAAUAGUGGAAAAUGUGUUUUGCACACAAAAGACUCAACGAAAGACGAAGAAAUAAAACUGACGAGGAUGAGGAAGGAUAGAAGUUGUUCUGCGGGGCUGUUAGAGUUUCCACCCACCAAUUCUAGUCCUGACGCCACUAGACGCAACAAAGACAAGUACCAUGGACAAUCCAGCAGUGGAAAACUUAGAUCAACGCCACACGGUUCACUUGUCGAUUUGACUAUCUUCCACAUUCCUGGUAUGGACGUUAAGCUGCACUAUCAGAGCAAAGUGGUGAGCGUGGACACGCCAGAUCAAGGGCAGCCAACUCCAGAUUUCGACAGAGCCUUCUCCUCCAGUGGCUACAAGAGUUCCGAAUCAGACCAAAGCCGCAUCGAUAGGGCAUUCGAACGACAAGACUCCCAAGAAUUAAAGCUCUCCUCCUCAUUGCAGGGCAUCACAAAUCCCAACUACGGCUGCAGCCCAACGUCCAGUCGAACCAGCCUGGACGACUUACAGUUUGGAGGUUCCGUUUCACCGCAAGACACUUUCAAAGCCACGUCGGCACCGGUUUUCAAAAAAUUCGGCGUCAAAAAGGCGUCUUUGUUCGCCUGGAUGACGCUACAAAGUGUGCCGGAGGAGACGAUAAUCAGUCCUCACAUUUUGGAGUUUUUGGAACAAACGCUCGAACCAAUACCUAAAAUAAUUCCGACAACGGAUUCGUCGUUCCCUCAUUCGGAUCAGGAUUUAACAAAUUAUGGCAAUUAUGUUUACGCCAGUUUCCCUGUAGAUGUUAUAGUUUAUUUCCACAUGCAGCCCAGCACUUUCCGUUUCAGUUGCUUACCAGUUUCUCGAGUGGAAUGUCUGCUGCAAUUACCCAGUCUGGAUAUUGUCUUCAGUUCCAAACGUGCCGAAGACGAACUCUUUUAUAGUGAGUUUCCAGCAGCGGCAAUCGGUGGACUGAGUGUUACAGCAUGUUUAUCCGACUUCUCUGUUUAUAUUUUCCACCCUUAUGGUGGUAAAAAGACGGCUUUGAAAGAAGCACAAUGGUCACCUCUUUCCGAUAGUGAACGAAAGGAUUCUUUGUCCGUUAACGUGGAGUUUGUAAAAAUCCACUUGUCACGUUCCAGGAUGUUUAAUUUGAAACAAGAAAUGGCGAGGAAAGGAACUGAUCAAAGCAAGGCAGUUAUCCGAUUUUCCACAAUAAUAGAUAUAGGUUCAGCUUCGUUCAAGUACGACAUGCGACGACUGACGGAGAUCCUGGCGUUCCCCAAGGCGUGGUACCGACGCUCCAUAGUCAGACGGAUGUUCCUCGGCGACUUGAGCAUGCACGCCAUGUACAACGACGAAGAAGACACGAUAACAACGGAUAAUUCACCUGGUACCGGUCGAAAAACCGAUAAAUCCCCUCUUUUAAACAGUAAAGACAAACUUAAACUAGGUUUCGAAAACGAUCAUCAACGUCACAGAAAGGUAAAAGACAUAGGCAAGACGUUCAGCACUGAAUCAGCGAAGGCCGACACUCCCAGUCCAUCGGAGCACAAGAACCUGACCACGUGGGAGACGUGCGUGCUGCUCACCGUCAACUUCAAGAAGCUGAAUGUGCAUAUGAACAUGGGCAACGUUAUGGGGAACGUUUCGUGGUUGACCAAGGAGUUUAGAAGCGAUGCGAGGUUGAGCAUAGGCUCGACGGGGCACAAGAACCUGUACAUCGCCCUAGGACUGGGCGGCUCCGGCCUGGACGCCAAAGGAGGUAUCGUAGGUGGUAACAUAGAGAUUGCCACCAUCGACACUUUCAUACACAUCCGGGAGGAACCUGACAUUGAGCCUGACCACACUGUAGGAGUUAAAUUACACGCCCUUGAGCUGAGAUUGGAUUACAUGGGGACGAGCGUCUUAAUGUGUCGAGUCAGUGACUUGAAGGUUAACUUGAGGGACGAGUGGAAAUUGAAUCGUGCCACGAAUAGAGACACGUUUAUACCAACUAGAAGGCCGGCGAGUAUUUUCAUGCACGGCGAUUUAAGUUGGGACCAACUACAGAUGAUGAUCAGCAAGUCCACCACCGCAGACUUGCUGAAAAUGUUUAACAAACUGGAAGAGUUCUUUUCGCAGCAGUUCAACAGUAGCAAGCGUGCUUUUAUAAACAUUUCCGGGUCGUCGCGUAACAGGAUGUCAGUACAGAAACCGGUGACUGCGCAGCAACAACAGGCAUCAACGGACGCCAGGCACCACCGACAUUGGCAGAAGGUUUUGGCACAAGUUGCAGGCUUGCAAUUAACCACCAUGCACGUACCAUUACCGCCCUACGGCACCGUCCUGGGCGGUACCAUGGAGCUGCAUGGCAACAACAUUUCCCUCGCCUGCUUCCACGGCAUCAACUUCAAGAGCAAGUCGUGGGCGCUUUUCAGUUUAAAGGAGCCAUGCAUUAAUUUCAAUACCGAGAGUCAGGAGAUACCUUCAACAACCGAGAGUGCACCAGCACAAGACGUCCACAUAGUACAAACGUUAACGUGCAGCUUAGGCCUGAGCACCUACAAGACGCACAUGUCAAUGGCUACAGUCUGCAAAGUAUCCAGAACAGUAAUUUUCCCUCCACAGUUCAAAACGUUACAAGAGUGGUUCCAUUACGCCUUCGCAAACAGCCCCAUAGACGAAGUGGACAAGUUUCCGUCGUUGGAACGUGAAAAAAUGGACGGCAACAACUCAAUCGAGAGGUCAAGAAGCGGAGCUAAAUUGGCCGACCCCAACCACAACAGAGAGGUGAUUUUUUCGGUGCCCAGUUUGCAGUUACACUUAAAAACUGAGCACCUACAAACUGCGAAAAUACCGGACGCCCAGCAGGACGAGAAACCGACGGUUGAAUGUAGUUUUAUCACUGAGUUUGAGGAUCAUAUUUUCGUAACGGUUGAUGCAGAGGCGUUUUUCUUUUUGCACGACCUCAUCACCUCUUACGUGAAUGAGAAGGAACGAGUUUUGGGAUCGUCUGAGAAGCGUUCCAGUAUGGACCAGGACAAGUUCAAGACCACCCUGAGUGAAACACCCAAAAAGGGAUCAAUCGACGUGGAUAUUUUCGCCAAGGAUUGGCGUAACUACAACUGCAAAACGUGGCACUUGGAGCCAACAGUUCGGCUUCUAAGUGUUGCAGGAAAGUACAUCGAACCGUACGGCAUCGAUUAUAUAUUGCAAAAGUUAGGAUUUUCGCAUGCGAGGACGACCAUUCCGAAAUGGAUGCAGAGGGGUUUUAUGGAUCCGUUGGACGCGAUUCUCGCCGUGUUGACACUGAAGAUGGUGCAGGUGGUAAAGGGAGACAAAAAAGAGGAGAAGGAAAAGGCGGUGGAACAGAAAAAAUGAAUUUGUUGAGGGCUUUGAAUUUACUAGUCCGUAGUUUAAUAUUCUAUUUAAAUAAUUGUUAUAUAUUAAGGUGUAUAUUUUCUGUCUUUAGGCUGUUAUAUUUAUUCCUAUUUAUUUCUAACUAUAUAAUCAAUAAAAUUAUAUAACAUGA